CUUCUUCGGUGGUAGAUGUGUGCUGUGUUUGCUCACUGGACAGCUGGGACUCCACACCAUGGUUAAAACAGCUAAAUACGCCAACUUAGAGAAUGAAACGUUCUCUCCUCUCCCUCCACCUCUGUCCCCAGGCCAGGCAGGAGACCCCUUUGGAAAUGAUGAAAGUGUUGGUGAAGUGUCCAAGCUUGCAGAGGUUCCUGCUGCCAAACGAAAAGGAGUGAAGAGACCCCAGCCCAAGCUGGACUCCCACAGGCUGACGUCAGAUAAAGGACUCCCAGCGCUGCGAACACUUUUUGACAAUGUCCGCUUUAAAGGCAAAGGGCACGAGGCAGAGGAUGUGCGGCUACUGAUGCAGAAGAUGGAGAACUGGGCCCACAGGUUGUACCCCAAGCUUCAAUUUGAAGAUUUCAUUGACAGAGUGGAGAAGCUUGGCACCAAGAAGGAGGUGCAGACUUGUCUCAAACGUAUACGCCUCGACAUGCCACUGACACAUGAAGACUUUAUCGGUGAAGAGGAGGCUCCUCCUGAAUCUGACAUCUUUGGAGAAGCAGACCAAUUUACCAGUCAGAGCUUCCCCAGCGACCCGCAAGGGCCAAUCCACUCCACCCCGGCGCCUGCUGGCCCGGUGGCCCCCUCUUUGACUGAUGAGGAGCGCCAACUCAUGGAGCUGAACAGACAGCGAGCCCUGGAGAGGAGGCUAGCUCGCCAGCAGCACCUAACAGACGACCCUCCAUCCCUGACCAAUUGCAACAGAGUAGAGGAGGCGGCUGCGGAAUCCGAGCAUGUCAGCCAAGAGGAGAAGAAUGCCGAUUUACCCGACUCCCAGACAGUCGGCUCGUCAUUGCAAGCAGGCGACUCCUCAGAGGAUACAUCAGAACCUUUUGUCAACGAGUCCAAAGGUCAAGAUGAGGACGAGAAGCCGGCCACCACCAGCAGCAGGAGCUCCUCACCCGGGCUGUCAGUCAAGAGCUUAGAGUCAUCCACCUUGUGUGAAAAAGUAGUGCCAGAACCCACCCCAGCAUCCAGCAACGGUUGUGAGAAUGAGGAUGAAUGUUGAGUAAUUUGCUUACUUCUCAAACCGUUUUGCUUCUGUCAACAGUUGAUGGAGGGGGUGCAGGUGCUGCGGGGCGUUUCCGUGUGACAUUUGAACUCUUUUCAAUACUUUGGUAUUUUAUAUACGAGUAUAGUACUAUACAUCCAUCCAUUUUCUAUGCCGCUUAAUCCUCACUAAGGUCUCGGGGGUAUGCUGGAGCAAAUCCCAGCUGACUUUGGGCGAGAGGCGGGGUACACGUCGGAGUACUGUACCAGUCAAACAUUAAAAAAAACUUUGUCAUGCUACUGAAUUGGACUGGUAGUACACAGUAGUUACUAUUUUAUACUUGUUUUCAAUAAAUGUCGGGAUGCUUCAUGAAAGUGCGAUUUGAAUUGAUUACUCUUGUUUCAAGCUGACUAUAAAACCAAAAUACACCGGAACCUUGGUAAGCGUCAUUGUUCCAUAAAGUCCAACUCUAACCGAAACGGACGCUAACCAAAUGUUCCCCGUAAGCAACAAAUCCAAUUAAUCUCUACCAGAAAGCCAAAAAUGUUAACGCAAAAAUGCGUUUUUAUAGUUUUAGAAUGAAUAGUUUUACACACAGAAAAACAAUUCCAAAUGCAUAUAAAUAAAUGAACAUUUAAGGUUACCUUUAUCUUUAUUGAAGAUGCGAUUGUGUCUCAUUGCCACAUCGUGCCUCUUGGGA